CAUGUAGGGGAAACACCAACAACUUUGACUAUUGGUGACCAUGUUUGUGAUAUCAUUUCAGUUGCCAAUGUUAGAGCAUACGAUUGCCGAAUGUGUGAAAGGGUGUACCAGACUGAGGAGGAACUAGAGAAACAUCUGCUUAACCAUGCUGAGCAUCGCCCCUACAAAUGUCCUCAGUGUCAGAAAGGAUUUAAACAGCCUUGCCAUCUGAAUCAACACCUGCGAACACAUACAGAUGAGAGGCCAUUCCCCUGUGAGGUGUGCCGCAAAUCCUUCAAGCAAGCUUGUCAGCUUAAACAGCACAUGCGGCUCCACACAGGAGAGAAGCCUUAUCACUGCUCCCAGUGCAAUCGUUCUUUUAAGCAAGCUAGCCAGUUAAACCAGCAUGUGCGCCUCCACACUGGAGAGAAACCUUACAAGUGUAGCCACUGUGACAAGACAUUCACACAGGCCAGCCAACUGCGAUCACACAAGAAGACCCAUGAUCCUAAACCUGAGAGGAAGUCCAUGUCAAAAAAGCCAAAGGUAGUUGCCCGAGGUGCAGUGGUUAUGCCUACUUUUACCACCAAGGUCUCUUCGCAGUCCAUGUUGUAUCAUCAGAAACAACCUACUUUCAGUCCUGCUUUAAAAAUGGAUCCUCCAUUUGGUGGAAACUUCAAAAGUGCACACCCAUUUGGUACAGGUAUGUCUCAGGUAUGUCACAUGCGAGAAGUACCAGUUUCCUCUAUAACACAUGACUUUCUGGGAUAGAUCAAAUAAAACUAAGAGCUGUAGUUUCCUUAUGUAUUUUCAAUGCUGACAAGCAAAAAAACAUGUGAUAAUUACAAGGCUGUGAUCUUCAUACACAUUUUGCAUUCAUAUACAAGAACUCUGUUCACUUAAAAUCUUUAAACUACAAUUUGAUUUGGAAACUUCCAUUCAGAACCCACUAAUCAGAAAGAUCUUUGAACAACCAGAACAGUUUAAAGGUGAUCUGCCGUAAUUGGUCACAAACCUCUCUUUCAUCACCUUUAAUCAUAUGUAAUAUUGAUAACUAAACUUUUGAUGGUCAACUUUUUGAGGAUCUAUCUGGUAUAAUUGAGUUAUUUCUAAAGACCAAGCCAUUGUACCAGCAGCAAUAAUAACAUUCAUGCUGGUGACUUGAGAGUUGGUUACACACACUGUGUUGUGAGACAAUAACAGCAAAAGCUAGGACUUUGUUGACUUUAAGACUUAGACACUAUUGCUGUUGUUUUUGCAUUACACAGUGUGUGAAGUUUCCUCUUCAGUUACUAGUGCAAUAGGCUACACAGUGGGGAGGAGUCAAAUUUGUAGUAAUUGUCAAAAGAGUUUUGUGGAAGAAACAUUCCUUACAGUUUAAGUCACUCAUUACUGUUGGCUACAGAGAGUCAAACACAAAUGUAAAAAUGAAAUUGAUUACUAUACACAAAGAAUCACAGAACUAUUUACUCUUUUCUAAUAGUUUCCAGCAAGAGAAAUCAAUCAAACUUGUGCAAGCAAAAGUUUAGAUUACAGCCUUGAAUGCAGAUAUUGUUAUGACAAUUGUUCUUGUCAACAAAUAUUAAAUUAUUGCAGUUUCAUAUAGCUCAUGAUAGACAUACUACAGUCUGGAAUGACAGUGAGCAUGCAAGCAUUUUCUGAAGUUAUUCAUCUAAGGGACGGGUGAUGAAAAGUGAACACGUGUAAGAAAAGAUGAGGAAGAUACAUGUCCUUGUAAAAGUCAUGUAACAUUUAACAAAGCUCAAAACUUUUCUGUCCUAUUCAGCAGCCGCUGUGCAUGUGUUUUGGUUGAGUGAGGACCUGUAACAUGUAACAAUUUACUUUUCUUCAACCAGUGAAAGAUGAACUCUGAAAAACAUCAAUGCUUCAAAUUUUUGGCAAAAUCUAAUGUAAACAGGACAAUGACAGGAAACAAAUUGCAUAUCAUAGUAGCUUUUUGUGCCCAGGAAAAUAGUUCCUUAUGUUGAAAAGCUUGCAUGCCCACUGUUCUUUCAGGUUUGUCCACAUGAGUUAUGGUAAUGAAAUUACCAUGUAGGGCUUUUUGUAAGCAAGAUGAAUAAUUCUAUAUAAAUAUUCCAUUGGUGUAGUUUAGCCCAUGUGCCAUGUACAUUGGAUGAAUUGUCUUACAGAACAAGAGAGAUGGGUAUGUAGGGUGUGGGUGCCGUGAUUGAGAAUGAUGGUCAGCUGUUAAUAUUAUGGACCUUUUGAGGAGAGUAUUAAUGGGGUUAUAACCAAGAGGGGUUUCACAGACUCUUAACUCUAAUUUCUUCCCAUGCUUUUCAGUAACAUGCUUUAUCUGGAGUUUCAGUUGUAUUGUUUGAAAUGAAUAUUUUUCUAUCAGGCUGCUUUUAAAUAUGGAAACAUUUGCAAUGUAUGCAAUAAGCUGAAUUAUACUUGCAUUUUGAUUGGUUCUAAUGCUUAAAUGAUCUAUUGGACAGAAUCAUAGAUGACAUUACCAUGAACAACAUCUUUCUUUUAAUCACAUAAAACAAACUGCUUCUAUGUUGCUGUGGGUUUGUACAGUGGCAGAUCAAAGAAGACGUCAAAAUGUGGUGAUAACAUCAAUGACACACCUGGCUGUGCCUGGCAUGUCCCUUUUUUGUUCUUACCACAUUUCGACAUCAUCUGUGAUCUAUGGCUGAAUGGGACAUAUGGUGAAAUGGAAUCUAUUUUUUAAGUUAUGUAAGGUUCAGAAGGAGAAAUUUGAUGUGUUUUGUUUGCUUCUGCAUUUUGAUAUCUGUUACAAAAUUGAUAGACAGCAACAUGAAAUGAAAUAGAACCUCAGAGUUAACUUGUUACUGGCAUAGCAACCAAUUGGCUUGUGAUGCAUUGGUUAAGAUUUGCAUCAGACAACACUGAGGCCAAGCCUCCUGUAACAUACACCAUUCUAAGAUAAACACAUGUGAAUUGUGUCUCUUCCAGCAAACCUAAUGAAGCAGUGUAAGCUUCUUGGCUAGUUUGCAAGACAUAAACUUAUGCAUUAGAUUUGGCACCUGUAGCCCCUGAGGGGUGCAAUGUGAUAAAUUGACACACCUGCAUUUCAUCAUUAAAGUUUCAUGUACUUUGUCUCUUAUUCGCCUUUUCUUCUUGCGAAAAAAAGAAACUCUUAAUUCCUCAUUAGGGGAAUAACUUUUAUUGAAAAACCUGUGAAAGCUGUCAGUUUUCAAGCAACAUUUUGGAUUCUGUAAUUUGUGAUAAAGGGAUUUUUUAUAUCUUUCACUGAUGACUCCCCCACUCCAUUAGUACUCUCCUUAAAAAACCUAAGCACAUGUAGUAGUAACAUAUCAGAUGCUGACCCCUGGAGAAUAAGCAUAUACACAAACCAUAAGUUCAGGUUCAUGUGCAUGUGGCUUCCAGUUCUUGAAACAUUUUUGCAGUAGCCAGGGUUCCCAGAAAAUGUGAUUUACUACAUGGCUCCAAGCUGCAACUUUAUUGGUCACAAGAGCAACUGAAAUUGAAUUUUUUUUUAGGCCUUAAGUUUUACUGAGACAAGAAAUUGCAUAAGAUAUUAUGAAUGUCCUGUAGUUUUCUCUUGUGAAAACUUGCCCAGUUUUCCUUGGUGAUCUGUGUGUGAAGCCAAAACCUUGAGAUAUGCAAUAAUUUUUCUGGCUUUUUUCCCAUUUUUGUUGAUUAACUGCUAACUUUUGGUGAUCAAUCUAGGAUUUAAAUUCACCAAAUAGCCACUUCCAAAACCACAAGUGUCCCAAGCUCAUGUCUCUAGAAAAAGGAAAAUGGUCAAUUCAUGAAAGCAUCACACAGCUAAGUUAUGUAAGGAACUGUUAAGAUUUCUUGUUAUAAGACAAAUAACAGGGAUGGCAAAGCAAGUUGAAAACAGCAAAGAACACCAGAAACCACAAUGGAAAGACAAGGAGUAAGUUAGUUCUUUCAAUCUUUUGUGUAAAAUGUUUAUACUUCAAAAUAGUCAGCAUUGUAAAUUGUUUCUCUCCCCAUACUAUUUUUUAUAACAGGUUCAAAUUCUCAACAGUUCCUUGCAUAACUUAAUACUACAUUACACAACACAUGAGCCUUUCAUGAAUUAAUCUUUUGCAUUUUCUCAAGACCCACGCUUGGGAUGCCUGUGCCAAAACAAGUUCAGCUUGGAGCCCUGAAUAACUAUAGCUACCAUUUGCAAAGUAAUUAUAACAGGCAGUUGGAAAACAGCUAAGACAUACCUGAGAGCUGGUAAAUGUGAUUUAUUCGCACGAACCAGUAGUACCCAGAAAUACAAGUUUAGUCUCCAGAUACUUUUGAAAAAAUUGGUAGAGAAUACUAAAAUAUUUUGGUUUUAGUUUUGAGUGCUCAUUGGGGGAAAUAGCCAAAGUUCAAGAUAACUGAAAUCAUGAGAUUUCUGCACUUUUCCUUCAUUAAGUGUACAGAGCACGUUUAGAUGAUGAACUGAUGUUUUUAAUCAUUUUGUACAUCAGGAUAAUUGUUACAAAUUGUUAGUGCUGAUAAAUUGUGUAUAGUAAUGUCGCUGAAUGACUCAAAACUAUUUUUUUUAUACUAAUAUUAAUAGUUAUAAUGUAAAACUUGGAGCAGUUUCAAAUUUAGUGUUGACAUUUGAUAGGGCAGGAUGCCAAAUGUGGCAAGAGAGGCAGGUGCAUUUACAUAAUUAUUUACAUGACAAAUGCAGUAAAUCUCACCUCUAAUAGUCCAGGCCCCAGUUGUUUGAAGAUUGGAUAGCACUAUCCACUGGAUAAAACUCUACCCACUGGAUAACGCUAUAUGUUUAGCUAUUACUUAUCUGCUGGAU